UGUACAAACAAGGCCACACCCUCUGAGACGCACAUGUUCGCUCACCUCCACGGCGAGCCAGGUGCAAGGGAGCACAGGAGGGGGGUUGGUGGUGGUGGUGGUGGUUGGAGGAGGCGGGAGGGAGGAGGGAGAGGGUCAUUAUCCCCUUGAGGGUGGAGCAAAGGGGGAGGUGAAGAGAAGGGAUGAAACAUUUGAAGCUCAUAUUGACAUGCUGCUCUGUGAGUGCAGCCAUGGAUGGUGUAUUGGAAGGAGCGGCGGUUUUGUGUGUUUGUAAACUGGCCUGCAGUCUCCUCUUCCUGCCCUCGCUGGCUGCCUCCCACAGUCCUGUGAGCUUCUGCUGCUGCUGCCUCUUGAUCUUCACCGACUUCCUGGUCGCAGUUUUUCUGAGUUUCCUUUGCAUCUUUGAGUCCUGGCUGACUGAGCUGACCCAACUCGGUGAUGUGAUUGCCUUGCGCUUCCUGCUUUUUCUCAGCCACACAUAUGGGGUAGUGUUGCUCCUGACCACACCUCUGAUUGCUGUGGAGACUCUGAGCAGACUACUGUGGCCUCACUCUGCUGUUGCUUACAGGGCAGUGAGUCAAAGAGUGACCAACUCAAAUGCACAACGUUGUUAUGUUAGGAUGGAAACCGUGGAAGAGGAGGAAGCGGACGGUGACAAUCCAGACAAAGACAUAAAAAAGAGUUUGUCUUAUGUUGUCAGUUACCUCUGCUGCCUAUCAGUGUGGGUCGUCGUCGCCCUUAAUGUCAGGUGGCGAUGGAAGCUGGAGGAAGUGUGGGCUGCUGUUUGUUUGCACAAAACCAACUCCCUCAUCAGAUGUUUGCCCAACCUGUUUAGCCCCAUGUCCAGCACUGUAAAUCCCUGCUGGGUCAUGGCCUUCCUUUCGCUUCUCUUGAUCCUCCUGACCAUGAGCAUGGGCCUGCAAAGACGUCAGCAGGCUGGUGCACAGAUGGUAAGGACACAAAGAGAGAAACAUGGAGUUAACAAUAAUGGCAUCAGUUACUGGCAGGACCUUGUUCCGGCGCUGACUGCGCCCACCAAGACGGUGAACCCUGGGACUUCAGUAUCAGAGUGUGUUGACCCAGAGAAAACAGAGAGCAGCUGCACCGUUCACAGAGCGUGUUCCUGGAAUAGUGCGCAGAUGUUGGCGUGUCACCAUGGAGACUUUGUCCUCAUCUCCCCCGAGUGUUUAUCUGCAGGACAGGAGCCAAAGACAGGUAUACCUGUGACAUUUAGCACGGAGGACCACGUGGACUCACAGUACAGGAGCCAGUGCGGGUGGCUACAGAGGGGUUUCCCCUGCCUGGAGGUGAAUGUAAUGAUAGAGUUCGUGGGUGUGCUCUCCAUCUUUGUGCUGCCUCUAAACCUCAGUGUGAACAUUCUUCUGAUCAGGACUAUAGAGACUCUGCUGGAGCAGUGUAUCAAAUCUUUAGUUACAUCUGCAGCAAACGCAAACAGCACAUACACCCCUCAUAAAGAAACACCUGCAUAAAAACAGACUGCUGAGAAGAAAAAGCGGACGGUUAUUUGCAACAGGAUCACCAGAUUAAUAUUGCAUGUGCUCAGACAGCAGGACUACCUGUCCACAUCGGUUUGAACAGAGUGUAAAUAACCAUUUCUGAGGGAGCUAUUCACACGGGAGGAAUAAUAUGUGGAAACUGCUGAAAGGUGCUGAGGAGGCAGGUUGAGGCGUGCUUGGUAGAAAGACACUAAACUUGACUGCAACAGACAGCUGGAAGGCCUGCUUUUAUUGUUCAGUCUUUAAGAUCUGCAACGAUUUGUCAUUACACGACGGGCUGCAAAAAUGAGCCUCUGCAGUUUAAAUAAGGCUAAUCCAGGAGCAAACAGUGUUUUGAAAGUAGUAAUAUGAAGUGUGUGCUGCUGCAUCACAUAAACCCUGCAUAAAGCAAUGUAUAAAUAAAUACUGAGUGACUUGAGGGUGUGCCACAGAUUUUGCUUUUUCGUCUUUGUAGUUUUGGUUUCAAAGGAGCGUACUCCUCCUCAGAGGUCAAAAGUAGAUUUAGUCUACUCUUACUACAUUUCAGCUGGAAUGGUUCUGCUUUUUACUCCACGACAUGUAUCUGACAGCUGUAGGCUUAAGAUUUUAUGUUAAAAAACAAAUGGUGCACGUCUACAAUACAAAGCAUUGUUAAAUAUUAACUGGCUUCCGAGCUUUUUGGCUUGUGACAAAAUACUGUUUAGAUGGGGUUCAGAUUUCACAAAGUGAAUACCUAUAUACAUGUCAGCUCAGUGUUAAUGAUCUAAUACUGUCAUAUCUAGCUAAUAUAUCGGCCACAGUGGCAAUUUAGUAUCAUCUACUUCUCACUCACUGUACUAUUACUUUUGAUACUUUGAGGACACUUUGCUUCUGUCUUUUUACUUAGAAGUAGACAAGGGUGUAGUGAUACAUACAGAAGUGGGUAAACUGUACUUUACCCUCAUUGACUGAUACAAUUGAUCUGAAAAUAGUUGGAAGAUAGGAAGGAAGGAUGAACUCUACCUCCCCUCCCACUACAGCCCUGCAGGUCAGUAGGGUCCUUGUAUAAGUGCAUUUUAUUGUUGUAUAU